AUGGGACGGAGGCAGGUCGUGGUGUGGGGGCUGGUGCCGGAACCGGUGCUGGAGACUGGAGGCACUGCACACUCCCCUCACGACUCUCCACUCAAUAGCCCAACCAUCAACCACAUAGUAAAAGUAGUCACGCAGGUAUUACAUGGAAUCACCAAUCUCCUGGAACACAAUUCAGGGCUGCUCUCUGACCUGAGGAUAGUUCUGGUGGGGAAGACUGGAGCAGGGAAGAGUGCAACAGGAAACACCAUCCUGGGGAGGGAAGAUGCGUUUAAAGCAGAUGCGUCUCCAGUGUCUGUCACUGCAGAGACUAAGAAGAUGAGAGGAGAGAUGGAAGGGUGGAAGAUUGAAGUCAUCGACACCCCAGGGCUCUUUGACACAUCAGUGGAUGCAGUGACGAUGAAAGGAGAAAUAGACAAGUGUAUUAAGAUGUCAGUCCCAGGACCUCAUGUGUUCCUGCUGGUGAUCGGACUGGGGAGGUUCACAGAGGAGCAGAGGAACACUGUGAAGUGGAUCCAGGAGAAUUUUGGAGAAGAAGCAUCAAAGUACACCAUCAUUCUGUUCACUGGAGAAGAUCAGCUGGGGAUGAAAUCAGCUGAGGUCUUUGUGAAGGAGAGUGAAGAGCUCCAGGCUCUCAUCGCUCAAUGUGGCGGCAGAUACCACUUUUUCAAUAACACUAAGAGAGUUGACACCACUCAGGUCACAGAGCUGCUGAGGAUGAUAGAGAAGAUGGUGAAGGAGAAUAAAGAAAAAUACUACACCCAUGAGAUGUUCGAGAAGGCCCAGGAAAAGAUGUACCAGGAGGUUCAGAGGAAGAUCGAAGAGGAGGAGGAGAGGAAGAGAGAGGAGGCGAGGACACACUACACCAAUUAUGAGAAAGAGAUCAAGAAAAAUCAGUUUGAUGACCUUGAACACAACACUCUUGUCUGA